UCCGCGCCGCGAUUUCACGCCGUGAUCCGCGCGUGAGUAUGGAGAGGGUAUGAGAUGAUGUUCUAUGUCAAAGUGAAAAUUGACAUAUGCGGUCAGCGGUCGCGUAACCUCGAGGACGCCAUCUUGUCAUUUUAAAAAAUAUGGUGACUGGUUGUUGACACGGCUUUGUAUGUGUUGUGCUGGGUUAUUUACAUAAAAAAUAUCUUAAAAUUAGAUUCGCAUACCUAUACGAGGGCGGUUCAAUAAGUACCCGUGUUUGACGACAGAGGGCGUUCCUGAGGGAAGGUAAUGUUAUCAUCGUGUGCUGCCAUCUAUCAAACCUCAUCACAACAAAUUUCAGACUGAAUAAUAGACUCAGUUCCCAAUGGAGGUCGAGACCGCCAAAAACGGUUCUGCUGUACUCGAAGAGAUCCCCAAUGGCGGCUCCACAACUGAAGAGGCGGCAGCCAAGCCUGCUGCUGCCAGGAGCAAGAGGAAGAGAAGCCGAUCCAAGACGCCCAGUCAGUUUGGGAAAGAUGAUGCCAAGAAGAGCCUUCAUGUAAAUAUCACGAAACUGAAUGAAGAUGUAAAGGGGAAGGUGAUUUUUGAGAAGGAAGAGAACGGAAAGUCUACUGAGGCAGAAACAAAGGAUGAUAGCAUCGAGAAAGGAAAGGAAGAAAAGAACGAGAUAACAGAAAAUGGCGACCAUGCAUCACCACAAAAAGACGAAGUCCAGUCUACAAAGAGAGAACCAACUCCCAAAAAUAUAACGCCAAAAAAAGAAAAGUCCAAGCGAAAGCCUUCAGAAGAAAGAGAAACAGUCGAAAACGACGAUAAACAGCAACAGCACUUAUCCAGGAAGGAGCAGCAUAUGACAAAACGGACAUCAACAAGGAAUAAAUCCUCCAAACAGGAAACGGAAGUCGAAAAUCACGAAGUCACGGAUAUGGAUCCGUUAUUGAUUGCGGAUGAGCCGGAAGCUGAGUUGCAGUUCGAGGAGACUUCGGACAUCGAGUCCGGGAAGAAUUCGCCUGUGGUCAGAUGUGCCACCAGGAGGUCGCUGACCAGGAAUAUACCGACGCCCAAAACGCCAAAGUCGCCAGAGAUGGAUGGGGACUCAAAAUGCUCCACUCCCACGAAUCAGCAACAAAAUGGGUGCGAAGCCGGUAGCGAAGACGUCAGCAACGAUUCCACAGACACACACAACGCCUCUACGAGGGCGGUUGCUGGCGGAGACACCAGCCAAUUGGAGUUUGACGAUUCUGCUUAUCUGACCGCCAGUCGCGAGCGCUCUCUAACGGAGACGCUGCGUAGCCUGUCAGCGCGUCGACCGAUCAGAGGUUCCGACGAGUACCGAAAGAUGGCACUGCGACGGGCACGUGGCAAGGCGGAUCUCGAAGGGAAUGACGGCGAUGAGGAGGAUUGGUCGGUACGUGUGGGCGGUAGUGUAAAGCGAAAGGGGCGGAGCAUUACCCCGGACGAGGAUCGGAAGAAGUUCAAAGCUGAGGGCAGAGCCAGCCCCAGCGGGAGUUUGUUUGGCAGUCCGCUAGCUGUUUUAAGGAACAGUGGAAAACCAUUGUGGAGAACCACCAUUCACACUUCUCCAGCUUUGUUUUGUAGCUGUUUCGCAGCCGAUUUUGUUGGAAGCCAUCUCUUCCGCUUUAUAAAAACCCUGAUGUGAACAGAUUCUUAGGAGAUUGUUCGAGCACGCCGAAGCUUUUGGGUUACAGAGAUGCAAGAUACAACUUAGCAUACGGCGAAAUGCCAAAUGAAAAUGGUGUGAAUGGCGACGACGAAAAGAAAAGCUGGUGCUCCGUGAUGUGAAAGACUUUUCCCUCUUUAUUGAGUUUUUAUUAUUUGAUCUUUGUAUUUUAAGUUGAAACAAAUAUAUACCUACGUGUCUUGUUUUUGUUUAUAGCUGCACGUUUGCAAACGUAGUCUUUUUUUGGGUGUGGUAGGGGACAUUUGUUGGUAAUGUAAAAUAAAUUUUGACUGAUUAUAAUGUGAUGAUGCGUAGAAAUUUGGCAAAAGUUGGUUAUAUGAAAAUUCUUUUGUAAGUUUUCGAUUAACGCCUUAGGCGUUUCUUUGGGUCAAAUGAUUUCUAAGACAAACUCAAUUUGGAUAUUCAGGCUGAGUUUUUUAGUGUGUCCCUGGUUGAAAGCGCCGAUAUAUCAAAGAAAGCUACUUACAAAUGAAGGAAACUAUCCGCUUCUUACUUGGAAAAUAUGCCGCUCUCUACAGGGGGAUUCAUAAUGUGUUAACACAAACACAUCUGUACAGUUUAGUAUAUUCUGAAAGGCACUUUCAAAAUAAGAUUGGUAUAGCAUACCGCAUACCACAGUGUUUGUAUCGAUGCUUCUGUAGACUAAAACACUCACCUUUGACAGCUUGUAAGUCUGUUUCUUUUGCAAAGUAGCACACUUUCGUUAUAUCCCAUAGUUUCUCGUCAUUUAACCUUUUUGUAAAUUUUAUGCACCGUCCAUGCAUGGUGCUUAUAAAAGCAAAAUAUACUUUUUGCCAAAACAUUCGUAUGUAAUACCUAGUAUAUUUUUACGAUUUUGUGUUAUACUUUUUAGAGGCUUUAAUUUGGUAUAACAUUUUUGGGUAAUUACUAUAAUACUAAAUUUUUGAGUUAUUUGCAGUUUCUCGGAUACAUAAAAUACAUAAGUACCACCCAAUUCGUGAAAAGCGGAGACUUCAGCGGAUAAGUAAUUUCAAUGAACGCAUAUAGCCAUUCUCCAUUUCCAGGAAUAAUGUAUUCAUUUAUUUUGAAUUUUAAUUUCUGAGAAACUGCAAAUAACUCAAAUACUCUAUAAUCGAACCUUCCAAAAAAUAUAUUAAAAAAACCAAAUGUAAAGUAUAACCAAAAUCCAUAAUAAUAUACAGAGUCCUCCAUUUGAAUUUCUUGAGAAAAAGUACGUUUUGCGUUUAUAAACACCUUGUAUCUUGGAAGAUUCACGGAAUAAAAAAAAGGUUUAAAUGACAAGAAAGUAUGGGAUGUGCUUAUUUUGAUGAAAAGUUCUGAAGGGACAAGGAACCCUCCAAAAUAUACUAAAAUUUGUUUUUCAUUUAAAAUAAUGCCUUGUUUGUGUUGCCACGUAGUUAUGAAUCACCCUGUCGAUAGCGGCAUAUCUUUAUAUUUACCCAUAAUUUUUGUAAACAAAUUUUAUAGAUAUCUUUUUAAAUAACGGCGAUAACGACCAAGCAUACACUAAAAACUCAUCUGUGACACUACUGAUGAACCAUAAUUCUUAAUUUUUUUAGGUCAAACUGUUAUUGCAUUGACACAAUUUUUUGAGUUGUCUUAUUUUAGGGAAUUCCAGAAUCCCGUAAGACAAUUAUGAGCUAUGUAUUAACAAUGAUUUUGUUAUGCUUUUAGCUUGUUCCUACAGCACCCUCUUCUGACUGCGUCUGUGAUUAGAUAAUCUACUUUUCAAGAUAUUCUCUUGGAUCUGUGCUACGUCUAUUACAAACAUAUUUUUCUUGUAGUGACAGUACAAAUUCUGUUUUCUCUAUUAAUUAGUAGCCAGUUUUUUCACUACAAAGAUGCAUCUGAAAGAUAUUUUGAUAUUAGUGGAUGAGGUUCACUUUAUAUAGCAUUAAGUUUAAUAUGUAUUCUGUUGAAAAUAAACACACCGAUUUUGGUUAAUUACAAAAUGUAUCGUUUUACUGUUUAGAUCUUAUUUCUUCAAGGCAUGCUGGCGAAAUCCGUCGGUUUUCACUUGAACGAUGUUUUUUUAUUACUGUUAAGGAAUGCGUAGGACUCCAUGAUGUCUUUUUCACUGUGUAAUUCAAACAUACGUGGCUUCAUUUAGUGGCUUAUCAUGGAGUCCCACCAGCAUGAAAACCACAAGAUACGUUUCAGUUGUCCUGAGCGUUAUGUAAUGUAAUAAUUGUUAGCGGAUCUUGGCAGAGGAAUGUUUCACAAUUAAUAUUUUUUGUCUAUGAAUCAUUUCUCAUUUCUUGCCAAUGUAGUAUAUCAAUUUUUUUCAUGGUCACGGAAUUUUCAUCUUUCAUAAUCAUGGAAUUGAUGGUAUUAUUCACAUGAUAUUUUAUAUUGUAACGAGAAAUUGGAAACUAUAUAAUUUUUGAUAUCACAAAUAUCGCAUUCGUAAACGCUAUUCAUAACCUAUAAUCCAUUGACUUCUUAUCCCUUGGUCUUAUUCGCGAGUAUAAAUUACAGUAGAAUAACAGCUGAUUUUAUAGUAAUAUUUCAAAUUUCCCCGUAUCCAAAAAUGAUACACAAUUCCCUCAAGGUCAGGUAGACAGAAGCGUAUUUUGUUUUGUUUUUUUUCUACGCUAGAUUCAUCUUUUACUUGCUAACAACUUUUUUAUUUAGAAAAGUUCAUUUGCAUAAAAAACAAGCAAGCUUUUACUAAAUUUACACCCGAUUCAUUAUUGCCAACGUUACAGACUAAUACGAAAAUGUCAAUUGCUGAUCAGCCAUUCACCUCAGUAGACGUCAAACCGUGAUGGAUACUCGUGAAAUAGGGUUUAAAUGUCAACGUUUACGGAUGCGGUAUUUGUGAUUGACAAAACUGUCUAUUGAUGGAAAUCAUUAAAAUCAACAAAAAAUAAAAAUACAAUUUAUCCGAAUUCUUAUUUUUAAGCGAAAUACGAGGCGGGUUUAUUUUAAACAGGAAGUUUUGUUGUUUUUAUUAUACCUGAGCAUUGUAUCGCAUCAUGAAUAAAACUUUUUGUAUUAUA